CAGGUGGGCGUCGCACAUCUGUCGAAUUCACCAAUCAGCUUCUUCGUUUCCGAAUCAAGCCAGCCAAUACGAAAAUGCAAGAUAUUUUUUCCGUUGAUGGAUGCUGGGGUAAAGACGUAGGCAUAGGUGUUUUGCCGCCGUACAAUUUAUAGCUGCAGCUAUGCGACAAAUCUCUGGGUAUCAAAUGCAUCGCCGCAACAAGGCCACCUAAGGAUGUCCACAGAUGAUAGCAUCUCCGAGGACGUGUCCAGUUCUGGAGCUUUGGACCACGACAGUGUGGAGGAGAGUGGUGGCAAGGAAAGUGAGGCCUCCAUCAUCUCGUUUGAGGACUCCCCAUCAGGACUUGCUGGUCCAGGGGAGGAGCAUCCCCCCGUACAGUCAGUACGAGCCCUGCAGGGGUUCAUCCAGGCUGCCACUGGGGUUGUGAAGAGCCAGGAUCCUUCAGUGCCAAAAUUCAAUAGCGGACACAAGAGCAGGAGUUUGUGCCUCAGUCCAGGCAAUGAGUUUAGCUCUGGAAAAAGUUUGCCAGCCAUCAAGCCCAGUCCCCUGCAGACACUGACAGCACUGGUGCAGGAGAUCCAGAGCAGCGGGGAGACUGGCCAAGAGCUGUGGAAGGACAGCGAGGGCAGAUGGUUACAGCUCUUCCAGCUUGUGGAGAAGCGAUACCAGGAGCAGAUCCUUGCUCAGCAUGAACAGUAUCAGUGCCAAAUUCAGCUCAUACAGGAUGAGAUCAAGGCUCUAGUCCAGCUGCAGAGCCAGCGGGCCGGGCCUCACGCCACUGAGGCUUCACAGGCCCACACGCCGGCUGGGUCCCCACUCUUCGACCUUCUCGGUGGCCUCCCUGGGGCUUCCCCUUGUCCGGGUGUGACGAAGCACUUGGGGCCCACCCACACGGAGAGCACAGUGGCAACAUUACUCCUGAGCAGUGGCUACGGCACUCUGUCUGCUUCGGAACACAGUUUCACGCAAGACGCGGGGGCCGGUGGUGCCGGUGGGGCUCGCGGAGGGGACGACGACGGGCCUGGGUCGGCGCUCUCACCUUCUGCCCGCGUGCAGGACUUGGGUGCGGAGGGUGGCACCCUUGUGGGAACGCCGUCUGCCUCCCUCCUGUCCAAUCCCAGCCCCCUGGCUGACCAGCCAGAAACCCACAGCCCGUUGUUGACCACCUGGGCCCAGAAGCUGAGGCGCAGGCAGUGGAAGGGCGGGGCGGGGCAGGGCGGACCGGCUCAGGGGGCUCAGCUAGGCGGGCCGGAGCAGACGACCCACGAUGGAAGCACAGACGAGGCACACAACCAUCGACCCACCGCACAGGCCUCACAGCCCUUUCACCUGAGACGCAGUGACAGCCUGGCUUCGGAAAUUUCUGGUCUCACCUACUGGAGGCUGGAGGAUCAUGAGCUGUAUCACCCUCUGCCUGACAGCCUGGGCAGAGGUACUUUCCAUCUGGGGCAGGAAAACUCGAGAAGCCUGACUCCACCUGAGGCUCCGAGGCCCCCGAUCUCGCUGACGGAGAUUUACAGGAAUCGCCAGAGAGAAGACGCCAAAGGGCACAACUGGAGCAUUUCUCCCGCCUCCAGCACGACCACUGCUCAGGUGUUGAACCUUGACCUCAACAAGGCGUACAUGUGGCCUUCGGGUAGAUCAUCUGGCUUCACUUCGCCAUUAUGCUUCAGUGGACUACCAUUCUCUGGCCAGUCCCAUGGCCAUCAGCCCGCGGGUACCCCAGUCAGCCCGGACUCCAUGGCAGAGGGCAUCACCAGCCACGACGUCAUGGACACAGACAGCAGCUCUAGCACCAGCAGCCUCUCCGGAGUCACACCUACCAGCCAAUCCCCUGUCCUGCCCACAAACAAGGAAGCUGCCUCUGCCGUGCAUCCCCAUGGCUCCCAUGGACUUGGCAAUGGCCCACCUACUUCCAAAAUGGACCCACUGGAGCCUAGUCCAGCCACUGGCCGGUCCCUGGACGACCCGGUAGUUCUGUCUCUGGUAAGGCAGAAUAUGCGGGAGAAAACCUCACGUCAUAUUGCCAACUUGCGGGCAUACUAUGAGUCUGAGUUAAACAUCCUGCAGAGAAAACUGGACUUGGCAAAACAGCCUUCUAGCUUGGACUUGGAGAAAGCAAAUCAGAGCUUGCUGGACAGGUGUGAGCACCUGGAGAGAGCCCUCACAGAGGCCAGUGCCCGCAUCCAGGAACUGGAGAGCAGGAACCAUUCUAUGGAACGGCAGCUGACGGACUGGCCGUCGCGGUACGAGGCAGCGUGCGACGCAGCCCGGUCCCUUCAGCAGCGGCUGGACGAGGCGCGACUGAGUGAACGGGAGAAGGAGGCCUCCGCAGCCAGGUUCCGGGCCAGACUAUUGCAGGCAGAGGAAGCCCUGCAAGCCACCCGCAGGGACGCCGAUGACCAGGAUGCCCAGAUGAGGAAGGAACACAAGGCGCUGCAGGACCUCCUUGCAGACUAUGAGGCAUUAGACAGAGAUCACCAGAGAACUAAGGAGAGUUUGGUGUCCACUGAGGAAAGACUGUUUGAGUCCAAUGCAGAUAAAUCUGAACUUAAGAGGAUGGUCUUGAAGCUGGAGACGCAGAUCAAGCAGCUGGAGUAUGAGAACACAAAGGCGAGGCACGUCUCCCGCAGCCAAUCGCAGCCCUCUGGGGCCGGCAGGUUUUACCACCAUCCAGACCUCCUCGUCUCUCCGAGAAAUGGCGCCGCCAACACAGAGAGCAGCCGUGUAGAGCAGUCCUCAGAGCAAAGUGACAGGGACAGGGACGCCCUUCACGGUUCCACAGGGGCCCAGUCUCCCCCACAGAGGGUGGGCCCCCAGGACCGGCCCCCAGCCAAGGAUCCUGCAAAGAAGGACCCUGCCCCAACCCCAGUCAUACGAGCACUGAUCCAGAUAGAUGAGGCCAAGGCAGACUCUGCUGGCUCCGCUCCUGGUCACAUAGGACUGGGGAGUCGCCGGCCCACAGUGAGCUUUGUGGACAGUGACCGGCGGGAGCCCAUAUCAGAGCGGGCCACAGUCAUCCCCAGGGCCCAGAGGAGCCUCUCCCCAGAUGGCCCCCGCUCCUCCUCCCUACCCCCCAGGGGCAGUCAGGCUUCCGUGGCAGCAGCCAGGAGAGAGACCCUUCUCAUGCCUGUUUCGGUGAAAUCCAGCCCAAAACGCUGUCCCACAGAGAACUUCUCCACUGCCUUCGGCCAUUCUCCUCCCUUGCUGUAUCGAAGUAACCCUCGCUGCGACAGAUUCGAUCAAAGUGCCCCGCUGCCAUUGUCACCCUCUCUUGGGUCUAGAUCCAAAAGGAGACUCCAGUUUACAUCAUCUGAACAAGCUGAAGAACUCACCCAGUCCAGUAAUGGUGGACUGGAAUCAGAUAGUCACACAGAGCCAUCAGAGGGUGCCCUGCGAGUGUCCUGGGAGAUGCAGGGUGCUGAGGGAAACGAAGAGGAUGCAAUAUUGGGUCCUUGUGACACACUCCCCUCGUACCACGGCAGGCUGCAGUCAUUGGCUGAUACAGAGCGCCUGUUUGACGAGCUCACUCAGGAGAAGCAGCAGAUCGAGGCGGCGCUGAGCCGUAUCCCGGCCACUGGGGGGCGCGUCACCUUGCAAGCCAAGCUGGAUGAGGAGGCUUUGGAAGAGCGUUUGGAGAAAAUCAACCAGGACCUAGGGUCCAUCCGAAUGACCUUGAAGAGAUUCCAUGUGUUGAGAAGCUCCAGCAAUAUAUAAUUUUCUCUCUUGGCUGUCUUUUAGAUUUAUCGCACCUUUGAUACAUUACAGUCAGGUAGUUGACUUAAGCUGUACAAAAAUAAUCUUGUACAUGUCUGUACAAUAUUUUCUACUUUUAUUACUGUACCAUAUAUAUUUUGUAUGGCUUGUCAUAUAAAAUGAGGUAUAUCAAUGAUUUUAAAGUAUAUUUUUUAGGAAGUUAAUGUUUAUAUAAUAUUUACCUUUGUAUAUAUCUCAUGAAAAGUGAUUACUAUAUAUAAUUGCAACAAAUGCCAUAUUUGGGUAAACUGGUUUUUUGCACUUGUUUACCAAUAUAAAUGGGCAAUACUGAUUCAUAUAGGGCACUGAUAUCCAGUUUUGCUAUGGUCAUUUUAAAAUGGAAUCCUCCACUGUUUUACAUCAUCUUAUAACUCUUCCAGUAGCGUUGAGCAAAGCCUUCAUAUUUAAAUACAUGUUUGUGAGAUUUUAUUUUUAUAACGUGUUCAUUCCAUCGUCAUUUGUGUUUUAUUUACUGGCAUUCAAAAUGAAGGUUUGAAAAAGUAUGCUUUAAAAUAAAGCAAAAUUGGUGCUGCACAAACCGACCUUUCCACCUCGCAGGAAAUUUGUUUUUAGCUGGGUUUGAGCGUUUACAUUACUUAGAUACUUGGAACGUGCUUUGAAAUUCAACUUGCUUUAUUCCGUGUUUUUAACAAGUUUGUAUAUGCUGGCAAUGUUUUGUUUGUAUCUGAGCUUUUUUUUAACUUAACGUCAUUGUACACGAGUGUUUAUAAUGUUUUUUAGGUUUAUGUGAUUUGCCAUUGUUUAAAUGGAGAAAUACACUGACUGCAAUGUAACCUUGAACCGUUCACUUACUGUUCCUUCUCCUGCUGGUGGGAGAAGCAAAACCUUUUUCCGCCAAAUCCACUUGAACCAAAAAUUUCAAAUUGGUGGCAUUUCCUUGCUUUUGAAUUAAUCACCUAAAAUGUUUGUCUUGUGCUCUGCAGUACACAUUCUCAUUAAAUGUUUUACGACACGAGUUUA